AUGCUAGCAUCAGCUGUUUUGAUCGGCUUCGGCGUCGUAGCCCAAGGCUUGGCAUCUUCCGACCUGUCGUAUGACGCGCUAUUAUUAUCCCCCCCUCAAAUCCACUUCGGAUCCCCAACUUCAGCCAAUAUCACCUUACCGAAUUCAUGUGCGGGAGAAAUCCAUAGCUCAGUGGUCCAACCUUCCGUCUCAACUUCUCUUGUCUACAAGUAUGACAAGGUGGCCUCAGCGGGCCCAGGUGUCCCUUUCGCGCAUGGAUUUUUCCAGCACUCGUGUCACCCAGAUCCGAGUAAAGAGAUUAACUUGGAGAAUGAGGAAGACGAAGAACCAUUUUGCAUCUUUACCAAUCCCACAAUUAAUCAAGGCUCGGGAAUGGCCGUGGUUGCGAAAGCGUCGACGCUUGCCGAAAGCCUUGAGACCCAGCUCCAACUUUCAAACCACCCGGAGAAAAACGAUGCAUUCACGGUGGUGGAGAUGCCUCAUAAAGGUGGUAUGGGCGCCGUGGCAUCCAGACGUCUCGAAUCCGGCGAGCUGGUGAUCAACAGUCGAGCAACUCUGCUUGUUUCCGUCGAAGAGGCCACUUACGACCGACCUGAUUGGCUCCAGAUCCGCAAGCUUGCAGUCGAUCUUCUUCCACUCGAAACUCGAGGACGUUUCGCUCGUCUUCAUGGCGACAGCGAUUCUGAGGAGGAAUGGAUUUCGAGUGCUAUUGACUUAAAUUCUUUCGAGAUCAACCUCGGAAAAGAUAGCGACGUCCCCUUCUUUGCUGUUUUCAUUAACCCAUCUCGAUUGAAUCAUGACUGUCGACCCAAUACAGCCUUCCACGUUGACAGUGAAAGUUUGGAAAUUCACAUGCACGCUCUGCGCAUCAUCAACCCUGGAGAAGAAAUGACGAUAUCUUACCGCGACAUGGCCCAAAUCCGGGAGAAACGACAGGAGGACAUUUCCCAUUAUGGGUUCGAGUGUACCUGCGCUCAUUGUCGUAUGAAUGAUGCUCAAGCAAAUGAAUCCGAUCGUCGACUCAUUCGACUCGAAGCACUGAGCAGCAAGCUUGUGGACUGGAACGAACCUGCCAGCGAAGUGAUGUUAGAUGAGGCGGAUGAGCUAUUAGAGUUAUAUAUGCUCGAGAGACUGGAUAACAAUAUUGCCGACGGUUACACUGUUGCCUCUGUUACCUACAAUUCCUUUGGACACGCCGCGCGGGCUCGGCGGUAUGCGACCAAGGCCUUGGCAUCGGGACUGACCAACUUUGGAGAAAACUGGGAAGAAUCCGAGCCGCUUCGACAACUCGCGGAAAAUCCUGAGGAGCAUUGGUCCUACCAGGCCAGAAUAUCUCAAUGA